AGUCAAUGUGGAUGCGCUUCUACAGAGUCUACCUCCCCCGGAGAUGGAUCGACGAGAACCUUCGAAGGUGCCCGUUUGCGAUAGAUGCCACAACUUACAACAUCAUAAUACCGGAGAAUCUAUAUUUCAUCCUUCGAUAGAUGCAAUCAGAGAUACUAUUGCCGAAUCAUCGCACAAACACAACCACGUCUACCAUAUCAUUGACGCUGCCGAUUUUCCCAUGUCCUUAAUACCCCGAAUCUCAGAUAUAUUAGAUACUACGCCCCUACGAUCCAAGAACCGUCGAUCGAAAUCAGAUGCUUUUUAUACCAGUUGGAAGACGGGAUUGUCCUUCAUCGUGACUCGUUGCGAUCUUCUGGCGCCGACGCGAGAGCAAACAGAGAAACUAUAUCCAUAUCUGCAAGACGUACUCCGGGAUGCUCUUGGACGAUUGGGGCGGAAUGUGCGCCUAGGAAAUGUGAUAGCUGUGAGUUCGAAACGUAACUGGCGAACUAGGAAUUUAAGGGAAGAAAUCUAUAAACGAGGUGGGUGUAAUUGGUUAGUCGGCAAGGCGAACGUCGGCAAAAGUAAAUUGGUCCACGAAGUCUUCCCAAAAGGUAUGAUGGCUAAUACUUCUGGUAAAAUAACAUUGGGCGGAAAGGCAACAUCGACGGAAGGGGCAAAAUCUCAACUGGAGCUGGCAGGAGGCGACAUAGAUCCUCAGGUGAUAGAACGCUUCGAGGACGAGAAUUUUGACCAAUAUUCACUCCUAACACCUGCACCGAAGGAGACCAACUAUCCAGAUAUGCCAUUAGUCUCCACCUUACCUGGUACGACGGCAUCGCCAAUUCGGCUCCCAUUUGGCAAUGGUAGAGGAGAAGUAAUCGACCUCCCCGGCCUAGAACGCUCCGGCCUGGAGCGGUAUGUCCAGGAGAAACAUCGUUCGUCUUUGAUCAUGCGUUCGCGACUAGUUCCUAAGCAACAGUCACUCGCACCAGGCCAAUCUCUACUGCUUGGUGGCAUUAUCCGCAUCACACCAAGGGAGCCGGCACUGCAAGUGCUGAUGUACUCGUUUACACCACUCCACGCGCACAUUACAAGAACCGAUAAGGCAGAAGCCAUCCAGGAACAGCGCAGCGAUGUCAAUAUGAAAAACUACGACUUCGAUUACAUAGGAGUGCCGGGAACUGGCGAGCGGACGAAACUUGCAGGCUCUUUCAAACUGAAGUGGGAUGUGACAAAAGAGCGAACCGGUCCGCUGAUGAGGAAAGAUGCUAUCGGCCUGAGUAUAGAACGGCUACCAUAUCGCGUCGUGUCGACUGAUAUCCUGAUCGAAGGUGUUGGGUGGGUAGAACUCGUCGCUCAGGUACGCACGAAGGACCUCUUUAGACGCAACGAAGAACCAGGGGCUCCUCAAGAAAAUCAAGAAAUUGAAGAAAAGAAGGAGCUCUCGGCUUUGGAAAGGCUAGAGGCUCUCGCCGAGGAUCCAAGGAAGAAAGCUCAGGCGCCUAAACCUGUCCCUGCAGAGGGAGAGCUUAAUUGGCCUAUCGUGGAUGUUUAUAGUCCUGAGGGUAAGUUCAUCUCGUGUCGUCAGCCAAUGAACGGCUGGAUGAUGAAUAAGCCUUUGAAAGAUCCACGUCAUCGGAAUGCAAGACCAAGGAAGAGUAUGAAGGGCAUGAAGAAGCGCGAGAAGAUGCAAAGGAAAGCAUAAGCCGCCCAGCAGAGGUUGCGUAAGUAAAUACACAUGCAGUUACAUACCUACUAGGUACCUAUAUUCUCGGCAACGGAACGAUGUAUAUUUAUAUGUACGAGGACAUGAAAUAACGUUGUAAACCACCAAAA